AUCAUUUACUCUCUACAUAAAGAACACCAAACAAACAAAACAAAUCUUGAUAAAGAAUGGCAAUGGCACCGUUGAUGAUGCUGGUUUUCCUUGGGGUUUCUUCUUAUUCAGUCAAGAUUGCAGUGGCGCAAGCAUUUCCAUCAUGUGCACAGAGCCUUGUGCCUUGUGGUGCUUACAUGAAUGUUACAUCUCCGCCACCGUCUUGCUGCGAUGUGCUCAAAGAAACCAUCGAGAAAGAAUUCGCUUGUCUAUGCAAACUCUACACUGCACCUAAUUUCUUCUCGAGUCUCAACAUCAACAAGACUCAGGCCCUUACUCUUCCCACCCGCUGCAAUAUCUCCGGUGGAUCAUGCUUGAAUGGUACAAAAAUUCGCGAAGAUUGUUUAUUCAUUGUUUUUACUCAUCUUAGAUAUCACAUUAACUUCUAA